UCACUCGGGUGACGUCAGCGACUGGGACCCCGCAGCCGCCGCAACCUCCGCGCCUGCGGGAGUCGGCAUCCUGCACCCCUAGAGCCUGGCGCGACCAUGGCUCCGGUGGCGCAGCUGCCACUCCUGCUGCUGUUGCUGCAGCUUCCGCUCGCCACGCCCGCGCCGCUCGCCCCGCACGCCCGCGACCCCUUCGCCCCGCAGCUCGGGGACACGCAGAGCUGCCAGCAGCGGUGCCGCGCUCGCUACCCUCGUCUGCAGCCCUCGCAGAAGCUGGACCAGGAGAACCCCUCCAAGUCCCAGAAUGAAUACGACAGGGCCGUCUCCAUCAGUGCUUGUGAGCGAGGCUGCCGCCUCUUCUCCAUCUGCCGGUUUGUGGCCAGGAGCUCCAAACCCAAUGCCACUCAAGCUGAGUGUGAAGCAGCCUGUGUGGAGGCCUACGUGAAGGAGACGGAGCAGCAGGCCUGUAUCGAGGGCUGCUGGAGCCAGAACCCUGAGCUGGAGCCUGAGCCGGAGACCAUGCAGAAGAAAAAGGUCCUGGAAGCUCCGAGCAGGGCUCUUUCGCUCCUGGACUUGUUUUCCACCCUCUGCAAUGACCUUGUCAACUCAGCCCAGGGCUUCGUCUCCUCCACCUGGACAUACUACCUGCAGACUGACAAUGGGAAGGUGGUGGUGUUCCAGACCCAGCCCAUGGUAGAGAACCUAGGGCGUGAGGGGGCCCGUCUGCAGCGAGUGGAGGUGACCUGGAGAGGAUCUCAUCCUGAGGCCUUGGAGGUACACGUAGACCCUUUAGGCCCCUUGGACAAGGUAAGGAAGGCCAAGAUCCGAGUCAGGACCAGCAACAAGGUCAAGGUGGAGCCUGAUGAGCUGCAGGACAAUGACUUCCUCAGCUGCAUGUCCCGGCGCUCGGGGCUUCCUCGCUGGGUCCUGGCCUGUUGCCUCUUCCUCUCUGUGCUGGUGAUGCUGUGGCUCAGUUGUUCCACUCUGGUGACUGCUCCUGGCCAGCACCUCAAGUUCCAGCCCCUGACCCUGGAACAACACAAGGGCUACAUGGUAGAGCCAGACUGGCCUCUGUAUCCUCCCCCGUCGCACGCCUAUGGGGACAGCCCCCCACCCUACAAGCUGAAGCUGGACCCGACCAAGCUGUAGGCCACCCUUGAACCACGUACAGCCAGGGGCAGGGGAAGCUCCAUCCUCACUGCCCUGCGCCCAGGGGGUCCAGGCCAGCGUGGGACCAUCCUUGGGCUCCUGCACCCCCAAAUCCUCUCUCCCUGGUCCCAUCCCUCACCCCUCUGGAUCCUGGGGUUGCCAUGCUGCCACUUGGGAGUGGGGGUCUGGCGUUUGUUCCUCCCUGGGCCUCCUUUCCCUGGUGCCUGCUGCUUUUUGUUUUCUAUUGUGUAGCUUCAUGAGUAUCGAACCCACGUUCUGUGUCGCCUUCCUCUUUCCUCCUCUCGCCCCUGGAGAGGGUGCAUUUCUGAAGCCUCAGAGGAACCAAU